AGUAGGAAAGUGCAUUUGAGCUUUUCUAUUUUUAGGAUCAAAUUUAAUGAGUCAAAAACCCACCGAACAAAUGAAGCCCGAAAUUUCCAACUUUGCUGAAAUAUUUGCUUCCGUCUUCAACCACUCUGACAGCAUUAUCCGAAACUCCCAGAAAUUGGAAAGAACAUCAUAUGACCACUUCGAAGAAAGAAAGAAAGAAAACCCACUGAAAAAAUCCAUUCUUUUUGUUGUUGCCUUGACGCGCAAAACUCUCUUUGUUGAAGUUUGAAACAUCAAAAACCAACCGCCCUUCCACCUUCAAUAAAUAAUGCCCAAAAAUUUAUCCCAUCAUUUGUUCCACUAAAUCCCACUCUUUUUACCCCCCAUUUCCUCGUGUCACUUCCUGCGCAAUCCCACGUUUCCUUUUUGCCUUAAAACCGUUUGAACUUUUAAAAGCCCAAUACAAAAGCUACCAACAACCUCUCAGGAACUACAGCAACAUCAUGGGUUUAUAUUCAAAUUUGUGCUAAUAAUCGGAAUAUAGGAUAAUUCGAUUGCUGUUUCAUGAACCCUUUUUGAGUUUUACUCUAAUUUUGUUCACUGGGAGUGUACAACAUACCAUAAAGUCAUAAUCACGUAUUAAUUGAAAUUAAAAUGAGAGUUUUUGUGUAUUUGUUGGAGGGAAGAGAAUGGCCGGUGAAAGACUCGUAUGUGAAGUUAAAAGUUGGCAAGUCUAAGGCUAAGACAAGGGUGUUGAGGAACACGAAUAACCCUGUUUGGAAUGAGGAGUUUGUGUUCAGGGUUCAUGAUUUAGCAGAGGAUGAGCUUGUUCUGUCAGUGUAUCAUUUUAAUGAGGAUUCGGGUUUCUUUAAUGUGUCUGGAGAUUUUGUGGGUCGGGUUCACAUUCCAAUUUCGACUGUUGUUGCUGAGGAGAAUCAGAUUUUGCCUCCCACUUGGUUUUCUCUAGGAAAACACAGGAGCUUGAGAUCGACUCAUAAGGAUUGCGGUAUGAGCUCUUCUUUUCAGUUCCGUCUUUGGUAAUUUGUGUUGUUUUUUGGUGUAUGUUUUUUAAUAGGUCAGUGGUAGCAUUUGGAGUUGUAUGAUAAAAAUUGCUAAAAUGUCGAUCAGUUUUAUCGGAAAGAUGCUGUGAAGUUCUUACCAGUCAGAUAUGAAGAAAAUGCGUUGCUCCCAGUAUCAGUUUUUCUAGUCAUUAAUUUGUAUGUUGUAGGUUGCAUUUGAAUGUUGUUGAUCAAUUUUGAUUGCAAGGUUUUUAGUCAAUCUGCAGGGGAACUACUAGCUUUUGUGCUGAAUGUGUUAAAAGCAAUUUCAAGCAAUUGGUAUUGGGAAUUCGUGUCACCGUUCGUCCAAAGUAAUCAAAUUCAUGGCAGUAGUUACUUUCUUCUAUUGUUGUUUAGUGAUAAGUUAUUAGAAGGGUGAUACUAAGUAUCUUACAGAACGUUAGACAGUUGUAAAUGCUACAUCAGGAACUUAUGGAAAUAAAAAUAAGAAAUUGUUUAAUGUAUUAUUCUAGCAUGUGUAUUUUUUCUUGCGUGAACUAUUGAAAUUGGACUAGUGAAUCUGUUUUGCCUAAUGUGACUGUCUUAAUUUUUCUGUAUUAGUUGCUCUGUUGCCGCUUAACAGUUGUAAUUAAAGAUAGUCAGGCAGUGACACAGUCAUUGUAUGUGAUAAUGGAAUAAGAAAACAGUUCUUAAGCAUUCCAAGACGGGUUAAGAUCCCUUUUCUUUCUCGCAAUUUUGAUAAACACUUGACACAAGUAUGCAUUAUUAUUGGAAAUUAUUGAUACCAUUAAAGCAGCUUUAGUGAAUUUGUUGUUGUUUUCCUAAUUACUUGUAAACAGUUUUGUGCUUGACUGUGAAAAUACUUGUGAUAAAAUGUUUUUAAAUUGUGUUCUGUGAAGAGCCAUAGUUGAAUGAAUUCUGAACUUUAAGAAGAUACUUUAAAGAGUAUGAUUCCAGUUAUGUUGCAAAGUACAUGUUACAUCCUUUUGUCAAUUCAGGCAAAAUUCUUCUUUCUCUGUCUCUGCAUGGGAGAGGGGAGGAAAUACCCACUGGCCAUCUUUUGUUUGUACAUCCCUAUGAUGAAGAAGAUACUAAUGAAUUCACAGAUCAAAGUGUUUCUUCUGAAGACGUUUUGGGUUGCACGCCCACCACAAAAAAGACGUUAGAAGGGAAACAUUUGAUGAAGGCUAUUGCUGGUCGCUUUGAGAGGCUUUUGAAUAAGUAUGACGAAGUAUCUGGGACUGAGGUUUCUUCUGAGGUCUCGACUAGUUUAUCUGACAAUGAAGAUCAUGUGGAAGAGGUUGCCAGUAACAGUAGCUUUGAAGAGCUCUUGGAAAUGAUGAAGUCAAAGAAUGAUGAGAAAGACAUGCCUGAAAAUCUGGAGGGAGGCAUUCUUUUGGAUCAGACAUAUGCAGUAUCAUCUAAAGAUCUGAACACACUUAUCUUUGCUCCGAAGUCCCAGUUCAUGAGAGAUCUGAUGGAGAUGCAAGGAACAACAGAUAUUCAAGAGGGCCCUUGGAGAUGGAAAUCAGCCGAUAAAUCAUGUGUUACACGAGUUGUUACCUAUACUAAAGCAGCAACAAAGUUAGUCAAGGCUGUUAAAGCUACAGAGGAGCAAACUUAUGUGAGGGCUAAUGGGAAAGAAUUUUUUGUCUUUGUGGAUGUUUGUACUCCCGAUGUUCCAUAUGGAAACACGUUCAAGGUUAAUCUACUUUACAAGAUAACACCUAUGCAGGAGCUAUCACCUGGUGAAGAAUCUGCCCGACUUGAGGUAUCUUGGACUGUUAACUUCCACCAGAGUACUAUGAUGAGGGGCAUGAUCGAAGGAGGGGUUAAACAAGGCUUGAGGGAGAGCUUUGAUCAGUUUUCUAACUUGCUUGCCAAGAAUCUUAGAGUGAUAAACUCUGAAAAUAUUCUAGAUAAGGAACACACAGUUGCAACUUUGCUGGCAGAGCACCAGUCAGAUUGGAAAUCAGCAAUUGUUUACUUCUUUAACUUCCCAGUGGUCUCAUUAUUGUUUAUGGUUGUAUAUGUUGGUUUUCAUAUCUGGAUUUGUGGAGAAAAGGAGAUCCAAGGCUUAGAAUUUUAUGGUCUUGAUUUGCCUGAUAGUAUUGGGGAAAUAAUAACUUCUGCAAUUUUAGUAAUCCAACUGCAACGUGUUUACCAGACGGUGUCACAUUUUGUACAAGCAAGGCUAAUGACAGGAAGAACUCAUGAAGUCAAGGAACAAAGCGAUGGCUGGGUAGUUACCGUCGCUUUGAUGGAGGGUGUAAACUUAGCUUCUUUAGAUUCAGCUGACUUACCAGAUCCCUAUGUUGUUUUCACAUGUAAUGGUAAAACAAGGACAAGCUCUGUAAAGCUGCAAACUCUUGACCCUCAAUGGAAUGAAGUUUUGGAGUUUGAUGCCGCAGAGGAACCACCUUCAGUGCUCGAUGUGGAGGUUUUCGACUUCGAUGGUCCGUUUGAUGAAGCCACUUCUCUUGGCCAUGCUGAAAUCAAUUUUCUGAGACACACCUCCACAGAAUUAGCAGACCUUUGGGUUCCCCUUCAGGGUAAACUUGCUCAGUCAUUUCAGUCAAAGUUGCAUUUGAGGGUUUUCCUGGACAACAACAACGGAGUUGAAACAAUUAGGGACUACUUAAGCAAGAUGGAAAAAGAAGUAGGAAAAAAGUUGAACCUUCGAUCGCCGCACAGAAAUUCAGCUUUCCAAAAGAUAUUUGGAUUGCCACCAGAAGAAUUCCUAAUCAAUGAUUUUUCAUGCUCCCUUAAGAGAAAGAUGCCAUUGCAGGGGCGGCUUUUCCUGUCAGCAAGAAUUGUUGGGUUUUAUGCCAACUUGUUUGGUCACAAGACCAAAUUCUUCUUUUUAUGGGAAGAUAUUGAUGAUAUUCACGAGCUUCCUCCAUCUCUUGGAACGGUAGGAAGUCCUUCACUUGUCAUAAUCUUGAGUAAGGGCCGUGGUAUUGAUGCUAGACAUGGUGCGAAGCAUCAGGACGAGGAAGGAAGGCUGCAUUUCUAUUUCCACUCAUUUGUCAACUUUAAUUCUGCCAGCCGGACUGUUCAGGCACUGUGGAGAACGAGAACAUUAACUCCCAAUCAACGAGAGAAAAUUGCCAAGGAGCAGGAGGAUAGAGAUGACAAGCCAACUUUGCUUGAAGACACUGGAUCGCCUUUGAUUGUGCAAGAGGCAAACAUGUCCAAGGUCUUAUCUGUAGAAGUUCCUCUGAAUAUAAGAUUGUUGAUGCAGAGGUUUGAUGGUGAAGAAUUUGAGAAAAAAGUUAUGAGCAAGUCUGGCUGUCGGAAUUACACCACAACUCCAUGGGAGCCUGUAAGACCUGAUGUAUUUGAGAGACGUAUCUAUUACAAAUUUGAUCGUAGAGUCUCAGUAUUUGGUGGGGAGGUUACUUGCACACAGCAAAAAGUUCCUAUUGAUGGCAGGGGUUGGUUAAUAAACGAGGCCAUGACCCUUCAUGAUGUACCCUUCAGCGAUUACUUUCGAGUAAGUACUCUAUUAUUUUUACUGGAAGACAGCAUGUAUAUUAUUUCUACCACUUUCAUUCAUCACUUGAUUCGACUGUUCAAUGACCACUAUCACUCUAUUAUUUCUACCAGAAGGCAGGUACAUCUGUAGUAUCUUUAUCUGUUUUGACCACUAUUAAAGCCUGAGCAAUUGACAUCGGUUUGCUGUUUUUUCAUUAACUCGCUUCAAGGUGCAAUUGAGAUAUCAGCUUGAGAACUCUGGUCUUGCCCGAGGGGUGUGCUUAUAUGAUGUUUACAUUGGAGUAACAUGGCUAAAAAGCACCAAGUUUGAGGAGAGAGUCACACGAAAUGUUGUGCAAAAGCUCACUAAAUGGUCAAGGGAGCUUCUGGAGUUAAUUGAGAAGGAGAGUUUGCUUGCAAGUACCUAAAGAGAGAUGACCUGAUUGGAACUAAACGUCGAAAACCUUCCGUUAUUUUCAUCAGCUCUUCAGGGAAGACUUACUCUCUGAUGGUGCCCAUUUUUCAGGUUUGUUUGUUAUGUUCAUUCAUUACUUGUAAUACAUCCUUUUCAUACCGUAUUGCUGCGAUUUUAAAUCUCUAAAUUCCGGUUAUGCAUAGCUCAGUAAUCAUUAGUAAGGCUAGCAUGUUUUAUCAUUACUGAAACUUGAAACCGAAGUUACCCUCCAAAAAUUUUCAACAGAUUAGUUAAAAAAAAAUUUGUAAUUUCAGGGAAGACAAUGCCUGAAGUUCAACUUCCUAAUGUUUUGAAGGUUGCCAUAAAGAAAGCUCCAAUUCCCAUCUAAAAGAGAAGACAUGGAGAAGCAGCAAACAAGCAGAAAUUAUGCUGAAUAUCAUUUUCUGGUCAUAUAAUUGCUGGCAUUACUGAAAUUGUGUGACCAGAAGUAUAGCAGCCUUUUUUUAAGUACUCCAUCUUGUUAAGUACAUUCAUUUCGGAACGGAGUACUCUUUAACUUGUUCAUGGUAGCAAAAGGUUUGUAAUUGUCUUGCCCAACAUACCAUAUUUAGCAGAUCUCAUUCUCAUACAUCAUAGUUGAUUCUUUGGAUUUACCGACUUCAGAAACUGUUUAGGACUUCUGUUAAUUGGGGGCAUUUUCGAACAUCUUAACAUCAGCGAAUGCAAAUAUUGUUCUAAUUUCUGAGCAUAGACCUUAGGAAUAGUUCUUUCCCACUGCAUAAUCAACCGCUGGAAGAUUUUUCACACAAUAAUUUGAGUACACUAGUGUGAUAUAUGUUCAACAGUUAUGGCAUUUCUUAGGAUGUAACUUCCAAUUGCUAGGUUUGCAGGGUGGUUUGUAAUUUGAAAUCAAUAUUGUUAUUAUAUAGGUACAUACAUUUUAAUUGUUCGUUUUGUUAAAUUAUUUUUUUAACAAUGUAAAUUAUUUAUAUACUUUCUAGUAUAAUAGAAAUCGAUGUUUUGCCCAUCAUGUCUUGUCAAAAUCUUAUUAUAAUCCAAAUAAUACAACUAUUUAUAGUAGAUGGUGCUUAAGAUGGACAUCAUCACAAUUCAAAAGUACAUUUCAAACUUCAUAUUGCAACA